AUGGGAGGACAUGCGCAUCAUGUGCCGUAUGUGCAUCGUAGGAUCUUCGGGGAGCGUCGCGGUGGGAAUACGUAUGGUGGGGACUAUUCCGAUGACGACGAUGCGGAUGAUGAGAUGAGCCCGGAACCCGCUGUACAGCAGGUUAAUGCUCAACGAAACAUUCCUAAUGCGGUUUUGUACGGUGAUCCGCUUGUGAGUGCGAUGGUUGCGAAUACCUUCAUGGAUCGGUAUACGCAGGCUCCGUCUCCGGUCGUUGCGGAUGUGCCGCCGAACACAGAGUGUCCGAUCUGCCUAGAGCCGCCGUCAGAGACGCAUGAGUGCGUACAGAUUCGCGGUGUACCGGGAUGUACGCAUCUUAUUGGGCGGUCGUGUCUGAGGCAGUGGUUCAUCAAUCGGCCAGACAACAAGAAAGACUGCCCGUUCUGUCGUACGCAGUGGGUGUCGCAGCAGGGGAUUUGGGAUAUCGAGGAUGAGCUGGUUGCAGCGCUGAGAAGGCAAUGGGAGGAACAGUCCUAA